CCAACUAACUUUUCAGUCUUGCCCUGGUGGCAGUAGCGUUAGCUGACAAGCCUGACAAUGAGGUACCCUUGGAGGAUAUCCCUGAAAUGCUUCCCGAGGUUGAUUCUGCUAUGGUAUCGGAGAGCGAGGCUGCAGCUGCAGCCAUCACUGCUAAGGCUGCUGCUGCUGCCGCUGCAAAUGCUGCUGCUGCUAAAGCUGCCUUGGAACCGGUUGUAUUCAAACAUAAGAAAUCUGACCUUGAACACUUCGAGUCUCCUGACAAAGCCAGGCACAUCACCGCUGUCAAGGGAUCCAGAAUCAAGUUCUCAUUCUUGAUAAGGAACGCGUACAAUGUUAAGUGUGUCAUCUGGUACAAAUACGAUCAUCACAGUAAAGUCAACAGACGUAUCAAUCCUACUGGCAGGUUCUCUGUGUGGUCCUACAAGUCUAAGAGUGUCUACUCCCUCCAAAUAGAAGAUGUCAGACCAGACGAUGCUGGAUACUACCGUUCUCUCAUCAUGUAUAAUAACGGCAUGAGCAAGACAGAUCUGUACUACAAACUGACUGUCAGUGACAAACCAACUGAUAACCUGAACAAACUCCAGCUCCGAGGAUCUGACAUCGUGUUCCGAACCCGGAAACCAGCUGGUGCCUCCGUCACCUGGUACCGUGUCUCCGGCAGCCACAGGAUCCGGAUCAGCGAGACCGGUGGUCCCAAAUACUUCAUCCUGGAGGGAGAGGAGAAACUUGUGGUAGCUGAUGUCGGUCCUGAAGAUAUCGGGGUUUACAUGGCACUCGUGAAGAAAGGCAGUCAAGUCAUCACCAGAGUGUACUUUAAAGCAACCAAGUUGGACUACCACAGACGACCCACUGUAGUGAAGGCUAAGGAGUACUACACUGUUAAACUGAGCUUCAACCUGCCCCGAACUGCUGUAAACAAGCUCAAGGGUAUAUCCUGGUACCACACCCGUCCCUUCGUGCAGAUCAGCCAGUCUAAAGGGAAGUACCCAAAAUACCAAUUGGAGAACCAGAAGAUGACGCUGGUCAUCAACAAGUUGGAUGUUAGUGAUGAAGGCUACUACGUUGCUGUUAUCGAGUUUGCUAACUACAAAACUGAGGCCCUCUUCCUUGUCAAAGUAGAGAAACUACCAGUGAAAGCUCUGGUACCAAAGGAACUGAAGAUAAUGUGGGGACAAGGUGCUGUAUUCAGCUUCAGAGUACCGAAAGGAGUAACAGUACAGAAAGUAGACUGGACCUUCUACCACAAGAAAGGCAGUGUCAGCCACUCCAUUAAAGCUGAUAAACGGAUCACAUUUGAGAAGAACAGUCCCGACUACUCUCUGAAGAUGUCCUGGUGUACUGAACACGAUGUAGGGUUCUACAAAGCUGUAGUGACUACAGAUGCUAAUGAAGAGUUACCUGUCCUGUUCUUCUUGCGAGUAGACGGGGAACCUCCUAGUGUUAAACCAGAGGUAGUUGUCUCACAUUUGGGGGAUAACGUUACCAUGGGGAUCUCGUUCAAGAACGCUAGGAAGAUCAAGAGUAUUGACUGGAUGCACAUCAACCCUAACAGAAGAGUGGACCCCAGCAAGAGGAUUAGUUUCACCAAGUCUAAGGAUGGAAUGAAGAGAACAGUUCUUGUCAAGAGCAUCGAACAACAAGACGCAGGAUUCUACGAGGCUAUCAUAACCCUGGAGGACGGAUACAGAACCCGAGCUAGGUUUCUGAUAAAGGUGAAGGGAGACGAGGCUCACGUCUUGCUCCAGACUCCAGCUGCAGCCUUCACCCCGACUGGUAUACCCAACGGACAGCCCGGCACAUCCUCCCGUCCUAUUAAAACACAGAACGUAGUCGGACAAACUGUCAUUCUGGCUGGUUUCCUCGGAAAUGUUCCUGUUGAUAAGAUCAACUGGUAUCGUGUUAUUGGAAACAAGAGGAGGCAAAUAUCCCCCGGCAAGAAAUACGAGGUAAUCAAGAAAGGAACGUACGUGUUUUUGGUGGUGAAAGAAGUAACAAAAGCAGACAGAGGACAGUACGUGCUAGCUGUCAGAACAAAGCACGGAAAGAACCUUGUAGCUUACUACAUUAUGACAAUCGAGGGAACUAAGCCACUUCACACGAUCCAUCAGUUCAAGAGUCCCCUAGCCCAUCACCUGGAUAUAUUCUUCAACAGCGGAGGUCACAUCAGCGGGGUAGAGUUCUACAGACUGAACCCCACCACUCUCAUAAAGUCAGACAAUGUCAAGUACAAGAUAGAGGGCCACAAGCUCAGGAUCCUUCAGAUAGAGUGGGAGGAUGAGGGGUACUACCAGGCUGUCAUCAACGUGGGAGGGAGGAAAGUCACUAAAUACUUCCAGAUUACUGUCAACGGGGUGAUACCUGACACUGUAGACUUCGAGCCUAUCAACCAGGCUGAGAAGAUACAAGCUGUGGCUGGGUCUAAGAUAGCCCUAAACUUUGAGCUGAUGUACGGUAAAAACAUCAAGAGUAUCGUUUGGUACAAGUUCGAUCCUAAGACCAAGAAAUCCACCCCAAUCAGACCCUCAGGACGUGUAGCGAUAAAGACCAAGGGUACCAAGUCCUCUCUUCUGAUGGCUCGUGUUAGAUUCGCUGAUGCGGGUUACUACAGGGUCCUUGUUAAAUACAUGGGUAGGAUGACAGACGGUCUCUUCAAUGUCAUUGUCAAGGCCGAGCCUAAAAUCGUGAACCCCUGCGAGACCCACCUAGGAGGAACAGUAGUGUUCAGCGUCCAUGAACCCAGCAGCACCAUCAUUACCAAGAUCCACUGGUUCAGGAUUGUGGACGACGUGCCUCGACCCAUCAAAGAGGGAGACCAGUUCCAAGUGACUGACAAGAACCGUCAAUUGACUAUCUCUGGGGUUCAGGACUGUGAUAUUGGCAUGUACCAAGCAGUACUUACUACUAACGAUGGGGAGACUAAGGACGAGUAUUUCGCUAUUAGAGCUGAAGAUGUUGAGCCCCCAAUGAGAAUUAUAAAAGCUACAGAAUACUGGACAGUAACUCUCUCCUUCCAAUACUCCCUUGUACCUGGUGACCAGGUUAAGAGUAUCAGAUGGUUCCACCUCUCUGAUCCUCGACGAGAACUCAAAACUUCCCCUGGAAAGUACAAGAAGUACAGCGUCACCGCGGACAGGAAAAGUAUGACGAUCACAAAACUGAAACCUGCUCUAGACGAGGGCUGUUAUAUUGCUGUGGUAGAUCUUGGAGAUUACACUCUCAGAGCUCUCUUCAGAUUGGAAGUCAAACCUCUGCCACUUAACUGGGUGGACAGACCUGACGCUGGAUUCUACAACUGUGAGGUUGCUACUGCUGACGGAGAGAAACUCCCGGUUUCCUUCAAGCUGGUCGUGGAGGGAGAAAAGCCAGCAGAGAUUCCAAGAGUGAUAGAGACCUUCAUGCACGACACUGUUACCAUGGGAUUCGAGUUCGACCACCGCUCCCCCGUCAAGAAAGUUACCUGGUUCCACAUGGUUGGCAAGAACAAGAUUCCCGUUCACAACGGCAAGAAAUACGUACAGAAAUCUCCGGCUGAGAACAGGUUCAAGAGAACCAUGGACAUUGUGUACGUGAACGCUAAAGAUAAGGGUCUGUACAUAGCUGAGACGGAGCUGGAGGACGGCUACCAUACUAGAGCUAUCUUUGAGAUCAAGAUUGUGGGAGACAAGCUUAGGAACAUCGUUCUGAAACCGUACAGCAGGACUUCUGCUAACAACAAACCUGCUCAACCUCUAACCUUCCCCCAUGAGCCUGCUAUAUUCCUGGGAACUCCCGAGGAUCCCCAGAAAGUCAUUGCUAGAGUUGGAGGUGUUGCUCAGCUGGUCUUCAAAUUAGAGGAGAUCUCCCCUGACAAGCUGUACUGGUACUACGUUGACAGUCACGGUAACAAACGGGUCAUCGCUAAAACUGAGAACAUGAAGAAGUUCAAUGUUCACGACACCAGGAAGUUCAACGCUUACAGGAUGCAGGACAAGAAAGCAGGAAAGAACACAUUCUACUACUUCCUGACAGUUUCACAUCUAAGUGUCAAUGAUGGUGGUAUCUACUACGCUAGACUGGCUGAUUCUGCCCAGUCUAUCAAACUCUACUUCAGACUCAUGGUCCAGGGUCACUGGAACCAAGGAGUCCAAUACACCAGAGCCAACGUUCACUUGUGGCACGAUGUUACUAUAGGACUGAAGGAUCCCAGUACGUUUGUAAAGUGCUCUCUGACGAGUGUGAACUGGUAUAGACUGUACCCUCUAGAACAGAUUGCCACCAGCAAGAAACAUGAGUUUGGGAACAAGAACCUCGAACUUACCAUCAGGUAUACCAACUGGGUAGAUGCAGGAUACUAUAAAGCUGUUGUGACGAUUGACGGAGCCUACGAUUUCGAGGUCAUCUUCCUCGUCAGUGUCAGUGGAGAGAUCAGCUCGGAUAAUGUGAACAUGCCCACAAGAAUCCUUGCUCUGGACAGAGAAGCCUUCUGGAUCCAUUAA